AUGAACUGCCAGACGUCUCCGUCGUCUAUUUUCUCCCCGUCAUCUCUUUCCUCCGCAGUUAUCGCUCCCUCCUCCUCUCUCGUCUGUUCAUCACUACCCCGUUCCUCUCCCCUUCCGCGUCAGCUCAAUUCUCACCUCAAUUCGUCCACGACCCGCUCCCAUGCCGCUUCUUCCGUGUUUCGCGGCGCGUUUGACGGCCUGCACCUGGCUGAUGUGUUCCAACACGCGCAUCUGGCGGUCGCGCUGGUGCGUAUAGAACAGGAGGGGGCGGCGCUGGUGAUGGCGAGAACAGGAGGGAGCGACGCUGGUGAUGGAGAGCCUGGGAGUGCAGCAACACCACCUGCACGAGACAGCGCUGGCGCGGCUCAAAGGCGAGCUGGACCAGGACGGGCGCUCUCCUCUUCCUUGUUGACUGCAUUGACUGCGUUGACUUUCAGCUUGGGAGUGCUGCAGCAUCGCCUGCAUGAAGCAGCAUUGGUGCGCCUCAAGGGCGAGCUGGACCGGGAUGGCCGCUCCUCGGAAUUGAUCACCAACCCCUCCUCGCGUCCCUCCACCAGCCCCACCAGUCCUAGUAGCAGCAAGAGUCCCAGUUCGCCAGUCCGCAAGGGGCGUGGGAAGAAAGCAGCAGCGCAGCAGAGCGCGUUGGAGCAGUUAUGCACGGAUCUAACAGCCAUGGUUGCGCAAGGGGAGAUCGACCCGUCCCACCCCACGCUACCCCAACCCACCCUACCGCAUUCCUCCCUAUCCCACCACCAACCAGCAGCGCAGCAGAGCGCGUUGGAGCAGUUCUGCACGGAUCUAACGGCCAUGGCGGUGCAGGGAGGGAUCGACCCCGUGAUUGGCCGAGAGGAGGAGGUCGCCAGGGUGAUCCCCGCUCAUCGAACCAGCAACAACCAGCUGCUGCUAGGCGAACCAGGGGUGGGCAAGACGGCUUUAGAUCCUUGCUCGUCGCACCGUGAACAACCCUCUGCUGCUGGGCGAGCCAGGGGGGGCAAGACGGCCAUCUCCCCCUUUUCUAUGCCUCUGUUCGUCCUUUCGUCCCCUCUCUCACUCUUCCAUUCUCCCGCCCUCCUCUCUUGCUCCUUACCCCCUCAGAUCCAAGCUCGUCGCACCAAGAACAACCCGUUGCUGCUGGGGGAGCUGGGGGUGGGCAAGACGGCCAUGUAUAGCCCUCUUUUCACGCAACCGCUUCCCCCUGUUUCUCACCUCCCAAUUCUCGCGUUUUCUCCUUCUCCUCCCCCUCAGAUCCUCGCUCGUUGCACCAAGAAUAACCCUCUGCUGCUGGGCGAGCCAGGGGUGGGCAAGACGGCCAUAGCGGAGGGUUUGGCGCUGCGCAUCGCCGAAAACGAUGUGCCACCGUUCCUGCAGGUGAGAGGUCAUGUUGCUGGGGUGGAAAUGGGGACGGCCAUUGCAGAGGGGCUGGCGCUGAGGAUCGCCGAGAACGACGUGCCACCGUUCCUACAGGUGAGCGGUGUUGUGCUGCGGAGGGAAUGGGUUGACAGGGGGACAGGGUGCAUAGCAAAGGGGUUGGGCAAGGCAGCCGUAGGGGAGGGCUUGGCGGGAAAGCGCCUUCGGUCGCUGGACAUGGGGAGGGUGAUGGCAGGAGCAAAGGAGAGGGGGGAACUGGAACUCAGAGUGACUAUGCUGGUGGCAGAGGCGGUGGCAGCAGCGGGGGAGGUGAUCCUGUUGAUAGAUGAGGUGCAUACGAUGGUGGGAGCUGGCGCCGUGGGGAGGGGACGGGACGGCGGAGGAUCGGGAUUGGACAUCUCGAAUCUGCUCAAGCCUGCCUUAUCACGCGGCCAGAUUCAGCUGGAGCCGCAGGAAGGGGACGAGGCAGGUGGGGGUUCAGCUUCAGACAUCUCUAAUCUGCUCAAAACUGCUUUGACUAGGGGAAAGAUUCAGUGCAUCUCCACCACAACCACCAAUGAGUUUUGCGAGCACCUCGAGAAGGACAAGGCUCUGGCUUCGCAUCUAAUGCACUCCCACUUGCCCCCACCCUCCCCUCCCGCCCGCUUACACUCUAACCCCUCGCUUACACACCUUCUCCUCCUCAACCACCAGUGCAUUGCCACAACCACCACCAAUGAGUUUUGCAAGCAUCUGGAGAAGGACAAGGCUCUGGCUAGGCGCUUUCAGCCAGUCACUGUGGACGAGCCUUCAGAGGCGCUUUCAACCCGUGACUCUGGACGAGCCCUCAGAGGUGAGUGGGAUGCUCUUUUAUCGUGUGCGGAGAGGGCCAAAGCAUUGGCCAUGCGGUUUCAGCCGCUGACUGUGGAAGAGCCAUCAGGGGUGAGUGGGUGGCUGUGUUUUGAGUCGACUCAAAAGUUUCAGCCGCUGACCAUGGAAGAGCCAUCAGGGGUGAGUGGGUGGCUGUGUUUUGAUUCGACUCAAAAGUUUCAGCCGCUGACCAUGGAAGAGCCAUCAGGGGUGAGUGGGUGGCUGUGUUUUGAGUCGACUCAAAAGUUUCAGCCGCUGACCAUGGAAGAGCCAUCAGGGGUGAGUGGGUGGCUGUGUUUUGAGUCGACUCAAAAGUUUCAGCCGCUGACUAUGGAAGAGCCAUCAGGGGAGGCGGCUCUGGCGAUUCUGCACGGCCUGAGGCACCUAUACGAGGCACACCACAAGUGCACUCUCACGGACGAUACUCUGGCAGCAGCAGUCACCCUCUAUGCUUGUUUCAUCCCCGAUCGCUGCCUGCCCGACAGGGCAAUUGACCUGAUAGACAAGGCGGCUAGUAGGAGCAGGGUGGAGGGCAGCAAGGGGAGGAGGCGGCGGGCGAGUGGGGUGCUGGAGAGGGGUGCAGAGGAGUACUGGCGGGAGAUUCGCAUGGCGCAGGCUGCACACGAAGCGGUGAGAAUGGGUGCAAUGCGUGCCUCAAAGCGAGAAGCCUGUAGGAGCAAGGUGGAGGGUAGCAAGGGGAGGAGGAGGAGGGUGAGUGGGGUGCUGGAGAGGGGUGCAGAGGAGUACUGGCGGGAGAUCAGGAUGGCGCAGGCUGCACAUGAAGCGUGUGGCAGUAGAGCAGCGGCAGGGGAGGCGGCCUGCCGCAAAGCUCUCACCUCAUUCACCUCUUUCCUCUCCCUCUGCUGUGUUCCCUCACUCCUCAUCUGUUACUCCUCAUCUGUUCCCUUGCUCCCCUUUUCCCUUGCUCUUUUGCUCCUUCGUUCACUUGCUCCCGCAUAUGCUCGCCAGAAUCCCUUCACCUCGCUCACCUCAUUCCUCUCUCAAGACCACGUUCAUGCCGACACCACCACCGCUGCUGAUGCCGCUGCUGCUGCUGGUCGCUCCAAGAGUGGCAUCACUGGCAGUGACAAGGAGGACGGCCCCACGGAGAUCACAGCAGAGCACAUAGCAGCAGUGGCCGCCCACUGGACCGGCAUUCCCCUGCAGCAGCUCUCCCUCUCCGACCAGCAGCACCUGACAGGCCUAGAAGAGGCUCUAGAGGGAGACACUGCACCCACUGACUCUUCUGUUGUCUCCUUCCUCCGCUGCCUUUCCCCUUGUGCUACUAUUCCCCCUGUUCCAGCCCCACGCAGAUCACAUCAGAGCACAUAG